AACUUUAUUCUUAUAGACACUGCCGAAGAACGAAUGUGCUGCAAUCCGCUGGGUACGCACAAAAAACCGAUCGUUUCUCAAUUGAAACUUGUUACUCCAUUGUUUGGUUUACCUAGAGAUCUUGACGGCCAAUGGCUAUGCAACAACUGCAUAAAGAGUUUGAAAGUGUCAGCUGAUAAGACCGAUAGAUCACGCUUUGCACCUUAUGGCCACAAGAAAAAGACAUUGAGAUUUGUUGUUUGUAUAUCAAAAGAAGAUGGUCUUCCCCAACGUCUAAACAAAUGGGUGUGCACAAAUUGUUUGAAACGGUUGAAGAUUGAUGCCUCAGUGAAACCAUUACUUAAUGAAGCAUCAGGAGACGGAGGUUUCAUUCAAGGAGACGGAGUUUAAAUUCAAGCAGACAGAGGUUCCAUUCAGGGAGACGCAGUUUCAACUCAUGGAGAUGGAGUCUCAAUUCAAGGAGAUGCAGUUACAACUCAAGGAGACAAAAUUAGCCAGCCACCUGCAACAACUGCCUCACAACAGCAUGGUGAAGAUCCUGACUUAAACGAGCUGCUGUCAACUGCACCAAGUGUGGUACACCCUCAGGAAGAUGUGACACAUUUUGGAGAGCCGGCAGCUGAUUCCUGUUUCCUCUCAAAAUAUUGCAACUCGACAAUUUGCUCUGAAAAAUAUUCAGAUUUUGACGGCUUGCCACAUCAUACCAGGGAAGCAGUACUAUUUGUGACAAAAAGAGAAAGUAAAAAUGUACCCCAG